CCCCUCCCUGUCGCCUGACUUUCUCAUCGCCCACUGGGUCAACCAAGAUCGCAUAGAAGCAAUAGAAGAAUAUGGUCCAGAAGAUUCGCGAGGCGGAGGACGUGUUACGCGCGAUACCCAAGCCUGGGGAAUCCAUUCUCCCAGUCCCUGGAGAAGAAAACAUCUUGAUCACAUCUGCGUUGCCGUACUGCAACAAUGUUCCCCAUCUCGGGAACAUCAUUGGAAGUACGCUCAGCGCGGAUGUUUUUGCUCGUUAUAGCCGCACUCGCAAUCGGAAAACGCUCUACGUUUGUGGCACAGACGAAUACGGUACCGCAACGGAGACACAGGCCCUGAAGGAAGGUCUCACUCCUAGAGCUUUAUGCGACAAAUACAACGCGAUACAUGUGGAGACGUACAAGUGGUUCGAGUUAAGCUUUGAUAUCUUCAGCCGAACGUCAACGCAGAAGCAUACCGAGAUCUGUCAAGAGAUCUACCUGAAUCUCGCUAAGAACAACUUCCUGGAGAGAGCGGAGAAGGAGCAGACAUAUUGCGAAGGAUGCAGCAAAUUCCUCGCAGAUCGCUUCGUGGAGGGGACAUGUCCUCACUGUGGCGCCGACGACGCGCGAGGAGACCAGUGUGACGUCUGUGGUCGUACGCUCGACGCUAUCGAGCUCAUCAACCCUCGCUGUCUCGUCGACAAGACGCACAAGGUUACGACGCGCACGACGGCACACAUGUACGUCCGCCUCAACGAACUCCAGCCGCGUACAGAAGAAUGGAUCAGGAAGUCGUGGAAGAAGGGCCACUGGUCGCCGAAUGCUGUCAUCAACGGGGAUGGGGAGCUCGUCGACGCGCGACUGAAAGGUGGCCUGCGACCGAGUCCGGUCACACGAGAUCUGACGUGGGGUGUUCCUGUGCCCCAUGUUGACGGCAAGGAGCACGAAGGGAUGGAGAGCAAAGUUUUCUAUGUCUGGUUUGACGCGUGCAUCGGUUACCCAAGCAUCACGGCAAACUACACUUCUGAAUGGAAGAGGUGGUGGUUCGACAACAAGAACGUGAACUUGUACCAGUUCAUGGGCAAGGAUAAUGUCUACUUCCACGUCAUCUACUUCCCCUCCAUCCAGCUGGGUGAUGGUCGCCCUUGGACCAUGCUUCACCAUCUCUCGACCACCGAGUUCCUUAACUACGAAGGUGGCAAAUUCUCGAAGAGCCACAAUCGUGGAGUUUUUGGGCCUGCAGCAAGGGAGACGGGUAUCCCACCGUCAGUGUGGAGGUACUACCUAAUCUCAACAAGACCGGAGACGGCGGACGCCAUGUUCUCUUGGGCCGAUUGCAUCGCGGCCAACAACAACGUGCUCUUGAACAACUUCGGUAACUUCGUAAAUCGCGCCCUCAAGUUCGUUGCCUCUCAGUAUGAGAGCACGAUCCCCGACAGCGGCGACGAGCCCGGGCCAUACUCACCGAACGAUGAGAACGACGCCGAGUUCAUCACAGAGAUUAACGCCCUAGUCAAGGAGUACGUCGACAAUAUGGACGCCGUCAAGCUUCGCUCCGGUCUGCACACUGUCAUGACCAUAUCCGCUCGCGGCAACCUAUACCUCCAGUCCUCUGGCCUGAACAAGCAGCUCAUGACCGAGAACCCCAAGCGCUGCGCCCAGGUUGUUUCCCGCGCUCUCAACCUCAUCUACCUCUUGACCGCCCUCGUCCACCCGUUCAUGCCCUCGACCGAAGCGGCGAUCCUCGCGCAGCUCAACGCACCCCCGCGCGCCGUUUCUACCGUGCUCUCGAAUGACCUCCUUGCGGGCCACACCAUCGGCACGCCGGAGCACCUGUUCAAGCGCAUCGACGAGAAGAUGGCCGACGUCUGGCGCGAUAAGUUCGGCGGCAACAAACCACAAGAACCAUCCCCGCUCGCUGAAGCAGCCGACGCGACGCACGUCGUCCCCGGGAUGUCGAAGCGCAAGGCUGCGGCGGCGAAGAAGGCCGCGGACAAGGCCGCGGCAGCGGAGGCCACCGCGAACGCCCCGCCCAAGUCAUCCGAGGUCCUCGCGUGGGAGCAGAAGAUCGCGCAGCAGGGCCAGGUCGUGCGGGAGCUCAAGGCGAAGCCGAAGAGCGAGGAGAACGACAAGGAGGUCGCUGCGGCUGUGGACGAGCUGAAGCGGCUCAAGGCGGAGCUGGCCGAGUUGAGUCAGAAGGCGCAGACCCCUGAGGCCUGAGGCGUGACAAACCACAUCGAGGCCACUGAUGGUCGUCCGUUGCUUCAACGCUGACUGCCCGGGGACCUGCAUGCAAGCGGGAGGAUAGAAAACGAAAGCAGUGUACGCAACUUGUUGUAUCAAUGACCCCGGCGUGUUGCUAAUAGAUGCAUCCGCUCGAGCCAAUCUACUAUCUGUUACCUUGCAGUCUAUCAUGGCUCCGUUGGGGCCUAUCGAGUCAGUAUCUGAGCAGUCAAGUGCUCGUGUCUCGGUGACUACAUACCCAAGAGGUGGUGGUCAAUCAUGCGACAUAUUAGAACCUUGGGAGAAAUUGCGAAGGCUCAGCGAUCAAUCUAUCAGCAUCCCCGUAAAAUUGGCCGCAGUACAUAACGCGCGCCCAAGACCUCUCACUAUAGGCGGUCACGAUGCUUUUGAGUCCGGCGCUGGUCAUCGCUGGGAGGAAUGUUAGGGACCAGAUUAGGAAUGGAAUUCUGAUAUGUACAACCAAACAGAUACCCCCGCCACCGGCUGCGGAGCCACAGGCUGACAACCACGCCACAUAAGGCUCUUGGCGAUCCGUGAUCACUCUCAAUGCUAACUUGUUCGAACGGAGAGGUUCACGGUCCGUCUUUUACUCCUCGCCUAUAUGCAUUUGUAUGAUCCAAAUAUCAAACGCC